AUGUCUGACCUCGCGUGCACCCGCUGUCGUGAGCGCAAAAUCCGCUGUGGACGAGAACGUCCGCAUUGUCGCAGCUGCGAGCGGGAAGAAGGCGUCGUCUGCGUGUAUCAGAAUCCCGUGAAACGAGUGAACCAUCUGAAACUACUGUGUGACAGCGUCGAAUUGCUCCAGCAGCGGUUGACCUCGAUCGAGUCGCAUUUCAGCCGCCUCCAUCGCCGAGCGGACUCUGCCGAUCCCGCCGAGUUGUCGGAAUUCCGCUCCGCCGCGGCGGAGAACAGUUCCGCCCCGCGACCCGCAGUCCAUCGACGGGGUCUCCCAUCCCUGGCGUCGUUGUGCCGGGACUUUCAAACCCGAGUCCUCCGGGCUGGUCAUACUGUAGCGUCAGGUCCGCUGCAGCAGCUGUGCGACCGAUCCACCCAACUGGAGCCCUUUCCCCCGUACGCGGACGUGACGGUCCCGCUGCUUCCAAAGGCCCACGUGGCCACGGCUAUCGAGCACUUUUUACAGCAUGUCGACUGUCAGACGGAUGUAUUUGACCCACAACAUCUUCGCGAGCAGCUGGACCGCGUUUACGCGGAACAUGAUGACGUCUGGGCUAUUUGCUUCAAGACUAUCACGCUUAUCGUGCUAGGUCUAGAGAUUACCCAAGCCGGCGCGUUGAUUGGCGAUUUUGCGCGCUCGCUGCUUCCUAAUCGGGCUGCGUUGGUUAGUUCACGGCUUCUGACGACGUUGAGGCUUGUGAAUGUGCAGACUCUAAUCCUUCUCAGUGUGGCCGCACAACAGUUUGAUCCCCCUGGAUGGGCGGAGUUAAUGUUUGCAAAUGCGUGUCUGCUCGCUAGGACAAUGGGUCUUCAUAAUCCGUCGGUCAUGACGGACGAGAGCACACAAGAGCGCAAGAGGGUGCUGCAGGCGUUGUAUAUCCGAGACAGACGCUUGUGCAUUUCCCGAGGAACUCCAUCCUGGCUUCCUGGUACGGAACAUGAGUUGACCUUGCAGAUGGCUAACAUUGCCGAUGAUUCGCCCCAUACAGACUAUGUCCGCCUGGCCAUGAUUCAGGAUGAGGUAUAUACUCAGGCCCACACAAGUGCAGUCGAUCAUAAGGCCCUGGAGUGGCUGGCCCAGUAUGCCAGUCAAUCCGGAUUGUUUAAUGCGCCCAUUUCGUCUGUAAAUUCUCAAUCUGUUCGCGUGCUAGAGUUCCUGGCCACUCGUAUCCUUGCCUCGAAGCAUGAUACCGCACAGGCGCGGUUAGAUGCCCAAGCAAGCUGUCUGCUUGUGCUGAUAAUGCAUGGAGAUAAAGGACAAGAUGUGGCUGAAGCCUUUCAAACCCUGCUUCCAGGUGCAACGGGGAGCCCUGGGUCAGAUACGCCUAGCUCAUUUUUCAGCGCACUUGAUGCUUUUUCGCUGCCUGGUAUAUUCCUCCUCGUCGACGGAAUUUUACAAAGCAAUGCCCAGUCUUCGAUUCCGAUAUCCGACCUUGACCUGCUUCAUCGAUUGUCAGCAUGCUACACUGAACAGACCGCAAGGAUGCCAUCCACACAUUACCAUCGCAAGGUAUCCUGGAUCCUGGACCAGCUGCUCCUGGUGAUUGACAUGAUCCGGAAUCCGCAGGAUCCGUCCCUAGAUUGUUUAGGGGAAGAGCUUCACCCGUCCUCUCAUAACUCCGAGCUGCCCAGAGUCGCUGACACAACCGAUCUAACUACCCCGUGGCCCCCAAGAGCACCGUCCUCCACGUCCCUGACCUGGGACACAUGGUUAUCGUCAACAUCUCCGCUCGGCCCGUCUCCCCUAGGGCCGCCAACACCGAUGGACCCGACACGUGCAGCAUCGCCUGACCUGUUGACGCAAAUGCUAGCGGUGUCACAGGGGCUAGACGGAUCGGAGGAGUUGCAUUGGACGAGCAUGCUUGAGACAUCUGGGCGUAAACGCCGGCGGACAGACGGCGAUGCGCUAGCACCAGGCAGCGGCAUAUUCGACUAA